GCUGCUGCCGCCGCUGCUGUUUGAUCGUGACCUCUGCGCCAUGUCCGCCGCCAGCCCCGAGCCGUCCGCGCCGAUCCCCACGUCCCCGGGCCGGGUAUUCUUUCAGACGGCACCCGGGGUGGGCUGCGUGGGCAACGGCCCGGUGCCUCGGGACGACCCGGUGCAGAAGAAGCAGGGCAAAGUCACGGUGAAGUACGACCGGAAAGAGCUGCGGAAGAGACUUGUGCUGGAAGAGUGGAUCAUCGAGCAGCUGAGCGAGCUGUACGACUGCGAGGAAGAGGAGAUGCCUGAGGUUGAGAUAGACAUUGAUGAUCUUCUGGAGGUGAACAGUGAAGACGAGAGAGCUGUAAAAUUACAGGAAUCCCUCACAGACUGCUAUAAGCCAACAGAUGCUUUCGUGCAGGAGCUCCUCGGAAGGAUAAGGGGAAUGCGAAAACUCGGCGCUCCGCAGAAGAAAAGCCUUUAAGUGCUCAUGAAACGGCAACGACAAUCCAGCUACAAUGACUGACUUCAAGUCUCGAAAUCAAUCAUCCAGCCCACGCUCGGUUCACCCUUACCAGCUCCUCAUAGUCUGGACUACAAAUCCCAGACAGGACUCGAGUAUUUUUGCGUCCAGAAUUGAUAGAUCGUAGCGUUCACUUAGCACAGCCUGCCAUGACCUCAAAGGUUUUUAAAAGCCUAUAAUGUUAUUUACAUGACAAAAUGUUGGGGGUUUUUGUACAGUACAAUCCAAUUUCAUUUGCUUUUUUGUUUUUAUGUCUGAUUUUAUUGUAAGACAUUAGUGUCUUUUUACAGUAGGUAAAUUAUGUCGCCGGCUUUAAAGGUCAGAGGUUUGGAUUCAUCGUUCUUGAGUGAGCUGUUUAGGUUGAGCAAUUUGAUUCGUCUUCCCGACAUUCAUUUGAUAGUACAAUGUUACUAGCAUAUCAGUAUCUUUUUAUUUAUUUAUUUUUUAAGGAAUGUUAUACCUUUUGAGUCUUGUAGCUAAAGAAAUGUGACUGAAACAGUGUGUAAAGGGAAUUUUGUAGCUCAGUUUAGAUUUAAAAAGCAAAAAAAAAAAAACAAGAAAAGGCCUGUUUUAUGGCUGACGUAGCUACUGUAUAGUGGGUGCUAUAGAACCGUUUCAUUUAGAUAUUUUUAAGCGUUGUGUAUAAAUUAAUUUUAGUCUACACGUUUUAUUUCUCCUUCAGUUUUGUACAUAGGUUGCCAAAGAAUGCAAAAUGGUGGACUUUGUAUAAAGAGCCAUGACUGUAAGUGAACUUGUGUAACAUAAUCGCUAGUCUUCACCUCACAAGCGUCGCACUCCUGCUGUCCUGCUGAGACGAUAUUGUUCGAUAAACCCCGAAACGAUGGUGCUGUUACUGUUCCAACCACCCCCCCUCCCCCCCCACCCACCACCUUCUUUUUUUUUUUCACAAAAGCAAUGGCGGGAUCGCUUGGGCUUCAUGUAUUCCGAGGAGAUUUUUCUACUUGAUCUUGUGUUCAAGCUCCUCUCGUUCACUUUCUCAUCAACGGAUGGGCGAGAUAUCUCGUCCUAAUUUCAUAGUUUCCCCGUCUCAUUAAGGUAACUUGUUACGUGUUCAUUGGUGGACGAGACUGAGCAUCUCGGUGGAUUGGACAGGUUCCUUUCUCUGGGCCUGUUUUUAAUUAUAAGGUGAAUAUUUAUUUAUUUAACGGUCUUCUAUGUGUGCGUGUGUGUGUUUUAGAUAAUCAAGAAUUCUUCAGGGUUUUUCAGGGCUUUGGCUUAGCUUAUUAUUCUUUUUAAUGAAUUCUGUAAACAUUAGAAGAAAGGAGUCUAUAGUUUUGCAUGUGUUUCACUGGCAUGAAGGGAACUUUUUAGUCCAACGCUUCUGUAUAAUAUCAUUUGGGGUUUUUUUUUAUACUUUAAUAUUACUGUGUAUUAUGAAGCGCCGACAUUUUUAAAUAUCUGAUUUUAAGAAUUAAAAAAAAAAAUUUUUUUUUUGUUUUGCAUUGUUUUAAUUAUAAUAAAGUGAAAUGGACGUGCUGAUGGUUUGGA